UGUCUGUCGCUUCAGAGUCUGAACGAUUUCUUGGACAUCGAAACCACUUUAAACCUUCACACCAGACUAGCAGGAAAAGGAACAGCCAUGGACCCAACUUUGUAUGAUCACAAGACAGAGCCUGGAGAUCUAAUUGAGAUUUUCCGUUGGAUGUAUCAGCAUUGGGCUGUGUACAUUGGAGAUGGCUUUGUGAUUCACUUCGCACCUCUCUCUGAAGGAGUGGGGAAUAGCGGCCUGAUGUCAGUGAGGCACAACAAGGGCAGGGUGAAGAAGGAGAAGCUCUCGGUUGUGGUGAGGUCUGACAAGUGGCGCGUUAAUAACAGCCUGGAUAAGAAGUUUGACGCCAGGCCUGUUGACCUGAUCCUGAAAGAUGCAAGGCGGAUGGUGGGAGCAGAACUUCACUACAAUAUCACCAUGAUGAACUGUGAGCACUUUGUCACAGAGCUGAGAAACGGGAAGCCAGAGUCUCGCCAGGUAAAUAUGCUAAAUAUACUUAACUGGGCUCUAUAUGAGACCUGGAUCCUAGUAGAUUACAUGGUAGGAUAGGAUGGAGUUCAGAGUGAUUCAGGGACGAGACUCAAAGCCAUAAGGACUGUUCAUCACAGUACUAGUCCACGGCUACUUUACUCAGCAAAUCGUAGAACAAAAUCAUAGUUGUUGCCAUUUGUUUUUGUGUGUGUGUUCCAUGUGUGUCAGGCUGUGGAUGUUGCUGGCUUGGUGUUGGUAAGCGAUGCGGCCAUCGCUCUUGUUGCCUAUGGGAUUCGCGCCCUGGCAAAAGCCUUAGGAGGUGAAAAAAAAGAGAAGGAGAAGGAAUAUCAGUAAUGACCUGUACAAUCCACAAGAGAUGGGAAUGCUUUAUUAGCAGCCAUUCUACAGCAAGCUUAACAGAUGCAUUAUUCAAACAGCACUUUACUCCUCUGAUUGAAUUGAUCAAUAACUUCCAAUAUCAUCUUUUAAAAAUGGAAAUUAACUUGGGUACUGAAUUUAUUGAGGAUGAUUGGAA